CUUUUAUUUUGGUAUGGUUUCGUGGCGUCAUACGGCUGCGCCACAGUGUUGCAUCUGCCUGUCUGCUGAAGAAAGAUAAACUCUGAGAUCCUCAAGACACUGUUAUAAAGAUGGAGUUUAUUAAAGAGGAGAGUGAAGACCUGAAGAUUGAAGAAGCUUUCAAACGUGAAGAUACUGUGAAACAAACAGAGAUGGUGUUUGUUAAAGAGGAGAGUGAAGAAGACAUGACGAAUGAAGUCAAACAUGAAGAUGAGGAACUAACAGACCUGAUGCCGCUGAAAGAAGAGAGUCAAGAACUGAAUGAAAUGGAAGAGAAAAAUCAUCAUGAGAAAUAUCAUGAUUUAAUGACUGGGGAAAAAUCCCUUAGUUCCUCACAGACCUGUGAAACAGAAACUAGAGACCAGAAAGUCCAGAAGAGAGUACAUACUAAAGCAAGACCUUUCACCUGUCAACAGUGUGGGAAGAGUUUUGCUCUGAAGGGAACUCUUAACAUUCACAUGAAGGUACACACUGGAGAAAGACCUUACUCCUGUCAACAGUGUGGAAAAAGGUUUGCACUCAAAGGAGGUUUUAAAAAUCACUUGAGAGUUCACACUGGAGAGAAGCCUUACACCUGUCAACAGUGUGGGAGGAGUUUUGCUCUAAAAAGAAAUCUGAAUAGCCACAUGAGAGUUCACACGAGAGAGAGCUUCACCUGCCAACAGUGUGGAAAAGGUUUCAGUCAGAAACAAAACCUUGAAAUCCACUUAAAAAUCCACGCAGGAGAGAAGCCGUUCAACUGCCCUCGGUGUGAGAAGAGCUUUGAACACAAAAAAAACCUGAGUAUCCACAUGAGAACUCACACUGGAGAGAAGCGUUUCACCUGCAAACUGUGUGAGAAGAGCUUCACACGAAACGAAACUUUUAAGGGUCACAUGGCCGUUCACAAGGGAGAGAGUCCCUUUGAGUGUGAGAACUGUGGAAAGAGCUUCAGAUAUAAAAGAAACCUUAAUCAUCACAUGAGGAUUCACUCUGGAGAGAACUGUUUAGAUGUCACUGACAGGAAUCAGCGUAAGAAUCGAGUACAUCGCUCCGCGGAGAGGCGUCACACGUGCCCUCACUGUGAAAAGAGUUUCACACAAAGAGCAAAGCUGGAGGAGCACAUCAGAAUACACACUGGAGAGAAGCCGUUCACCUGUCCUCAGUGCGGAAAGAGCUUCACAAUUAAAGGAAACCUUAGGAUUCAUAUCAGAGUUCACACUGGAGAGAAGCCAUACAAGUGUGUUCAGUGUGGAAAGAGCUUCACAUAUCACACAGACCUGAAACGACAUGUGCAAACUCAUUCUGGAGAGAUACUUCUCAUUCCCAGUGUGUGACAAGAGGUUAAGAAAAAAGAAGACAAUGGGAAAUGUUACUCUUUUAGAAAACAAUGUUACUUUCACACACCACAGCUGCAAGCUUCAUCUGAUUUAACUUUUGACUACUUUAUUAUUAUUAUUAGUGUGUCCUUUCCCUAUUUAUUCUUCACCUGACCAUCUUCUUUGCUGUAGUUUCAAAUAUUAAUCAGACACCCUUUAAUAAACACACUUCAGCCGGAUCAGAUCAACAUGACCUAAAGUAUGUAGAGAGAUCUUCCACUACUCAAUUCUCUCUUAAACAGACACGCACUGCUAUAGGAAACACAUCUUUCUAUAACCUUCCUAUCAUCAUAACCCCAGGUCAUUCUGUAUGAUAACUAUCCUCUUGUAUAUGGUCUUGUGUAGUGUACACUGUUUAAUGUGUGCUUUUGACAGAACUACUCGUUCAUGUGGUCUUACCUAUGCCAUGUUUAGUAUCUGUGAAUUUGUCUUUUGAUUAACUAUAUGUUGGUAAAUAUGGAUCAUAUUAGUGUUCUAGGAAUCUUCAAUGGUUUGUGUAUCAAUACCCAAUCCAGUUACACAUGCAGAUUACCAUAUUUCCAGACAAAGAGUCGUAAACUUUCCCUUCAGAAGAGCAAGUCACCAUUGGCUCUCUACUUCUGAGACCGAAUUAAACAGAGGUUUAGUAUAAGUUAUAGACCCCUUUAUAAACACCUACAGCGGAGGCAGCAUGGAGAGAGGUAUCAGCAGGAUGCUUGGGUAAUAUAGAUCCAGCCACCUGCAAUCUCUGGAAGCACCUACCAUCAUUAUAAGCCAAGAUUUUCUGUUGUGCUCACGGCUGUAGAUGAUGCCAACUACAAAUGAAUCUAUGCUAAUGUGGGCAUUCAAGAAAGACUGUCAGAUGGAGGAAUAUUUGGCCAGUCAGACAUCCGAGUAACAUAACUUCCUUAUGCAUUUGUUGGAGAUGAAGCAUUCCCUCUAAGAAACAACGUGAUGAAGCCAUUCUCCUCCUGAAAUCUGAAUAUUUAACUACAGAUUACAAGGGCAAGGCACAGUACAGCUGAAAUGCAGAUUGAAGAUGCAGAAGACGAGAACCACAAUGUAGUACCCAGGGCUUGGAGAAAAGAUAGAGGACUUCCUUCUGUGCCAGUCAGCAAUGCACAGAAUACCACAACCACUGCCAAAAAUAAAAUCAAGUCAAUCUGAAGGCAUACUUUCUGUCAUGCUGGAUCUGUUUCCUGGGAGAAAUUGUUUUUUAUUUAAAAAUGGACAUCACUUAAUAAAUGUGUUCAUUUAGAGUGUGUUAAUACCUAAAUGCAGUGCUGAUAUUUUGUCUUAUGCAUUUAUUUUAAAGGCCAGAGUGUUGGUGUGACUACAUUAGGCAAUAGUUCCAAAACCCAUCAGUAGACAGGUUAUUCUUUAUGCUUUAGUAUUGUUGUACAUCUAUAUCACAUCAAAAUCACAGGAAUUAGAUUUUUCUGCAUCAAUCAGGAAAUUGUGAUGUUACUCAUCUUAGUUAAUUGACUAGUGUUCCUGUGGGUCAAGAGGUCGAGCAUUGCGUUAGCAAGCACAAGGUUGUGGGUUUGAUUCCCAGGGAACACAUGUUAGCCUGAAUGCACUAAGUCACUUUGGAUAAAAGCGUCUGUUAAAUGUAAAAUGUAAUGCCUAAGUAAAUAAUGCACUCAAUGUAACUUGUGAAAUUUUUACCCAAGCAUUUGCAAACUUCUUGGUGCCGUAGUUAUUAGCUACCUGAAACUCCUAGGUGAAGCAGCAAGGCGUCUUCAGGCUCAAACAUUUCUCCAUUAGGUUGAAGUGAGUAUGCAAUAUGGCAAGUGCUCUGAAAACUUUCACAUGUCCUAUAAUUGGUAUUGCUUUAAAAAGAGUGAAAAGGUAUGUAAAUCACCAACAAUUACACAAAAAUGAAGCACAUAGCGAAUAUGCCUGUUGUAUAGUUCAACACAGUCUCACCCUUAUUCGUCACUGCCGGUCAUUUCCCCCUCUCACGUCCAUUAGUCCACGUUUAGGGUACCCCCUAUUCAUCGCUUGACAACGUAGAGGGGGGUCGUCCGAUAUUUGAAUGCAAAUCCCUCAUCUUUGGAUUUUGACGAACCUUGCUUAUCCAUCUAGCAGUUUUCCUGUGCUGGAAAGUAUGUUUUCAGGCGAUUGAUUUUAAUGCUGCUGAUUGUGUGUUUUGCAGUAGCAUGCGGCGCAAAUACUGUUAAUAUCAUUAUUUGGUGCAGUGACCAUAUAUUUUAUUGUAAGAAUCCCUGGUCUAAAUCGGAAUCACGGCUUGUUUCUUUUUUAAUAUAAUUUUGGGCUACAUUAAAACAGUAUAAUUGCAGGACUGCAUAUUUGCUGUAGGCUUAAACAUGCCUUCAUUUAAGUGGGAUAUUUUUAAUUGUUGAUGGUAUUUCUAUUUGCAGUGGCUUAUAGUGAGCCUACAACUUUGCUUUUUUUGAGACAAAAAUAAAAACAAAAUUUAAAAAGAAUAGCCUACUUUUAUAGACCUUUCCUCUAAAUACUAAUUAUGAAGUUGUGAAAAAUUAAAUAGCCUGCUGCAGAAAUGUUUAUAUUACCUAAUAUGGACCUUUGGCAAAGAGAUGGAUGCAUUCUGGGACGUGAUGUGUUGAAAUCUAAUGGCUAACAUAUACCCGUGUUUCCUUAGAUAUUUCUGCUGACCCCUUUAAAAUUUUGAGCAAGGAUAUAAAAUAUUAAGACUGUACAUUUUCAUUAUGAUUUAUAUUUUGGUGCAAUUUUGAGCAGCGCGUCACUGUGCGCGACCAUCACAGAAACCAUUGCCCAGCGCGAUUCCACCACGGGAAGUCACUUACAACAGUCUAAUAAACAAGAGAAAUGUGUGUGUGUGUGUGUGUAUAUACAACAUUUUUUUUUCUUAUAUUUUGGACGUGUAAAUGCUUAUUAAUGGAUUAUUGGGAUAUAUAUAUAUAUA